AUAAUAUCAAUUUAUCCCAUUCAAUGAAUAGCAAUGGUAACAGUUUAUCAAAUUCAACCAAUAAUAUUGAUUUAAAUGAAUCAAACUCCUCAUUAUCUGUACCACAAAUUAAUACCCCAAAUAUGAAUAAUACCAAUAAUAAUAACAAUAACAACAAUAGUAACAAUAACAAUAACAAUAAAAAUGAGAUUUUAUUUUUUAAAAUUUGGAGGAAUCGUUAUUUAAACUGUUUAAUAUUCGAACACCUUAGAGUUUAUAAUAAAGUAUUAAAAUAUAGCAGAGAAUAUCCAUUCAAUAUAAAUACUUUAUCAUUAUUCAAAUAUAAAUCAUAUUUAUUGGAGAUGACAUACAGUUCAUAUUCAUCAGUUUUUAAUAAUAAUAAUGAUUUGUUUUAUGAUGAUGAUAGUAGUAAUAAUAAUAAUAAUAAUAGUAGCGAUAAUAAUAAUAAUCAGCUUGAUAGUAAUAAUGACAGUAAUAAAAAAUCAAUAAUAUUAUCAAACGAAGAUUAUAUAGAUAGUAAUAGCAAUCAUAACGAUAACAAUGAUAAUAGCGAUAAUUCAAACAAUAAUAAAAUAAAAUCAUAUUAUUGUUUUGACCCAAUUGAAAUUAAUUUUAUACCAAAUGGCAUCAAAAAGUUAAUAAUAGGUUUAAACCAACAAAUUAAACCAGGUAUUAUCCCAAAUUCCGUAGUAGAUAUUUCACUUAGGGAUGAUUAUAAUCAACCAUUAAGUGUGGGCACUCUUCAUAGCAAUCUAAAGAGUAUUUGUUUUGGUGAGGAGUUUGACCAACCCAUCGAAUGUGGAGUAUUACCAAGUGGAGAUAGUUUAAAAAGCCUAUGUUUCGAAAAUGAACGAUAUCAACAUGUUAUAGAGGUCGAUCAAUUACCAAAGUCAUUAACCACAUUAAAGGGAUAUUACUACGAUAAGACAGUUACAGAAGAAGAGUUUGGAAAUAGAUUACCAAAGCAACUAAAUCAUUUAUAUUUUAAUAAACUUUUCAAUAAAUCCAUCGAACCACACUCCUUACCAUUAUCGAUCAAAACAUUGUCGCUUGGGGGUGUCUUCAAUUUUAAAUUGUCAAAAGAUUCUUUACCUCGAAAUUUAGAAAAGUUAAUACUAAGCGACAGUUAUAACCAUCCAUUGGAUUAUGGAGUGUUACCAAGCACACUCACCCAUCUCCACUGCGGCAAUUCUUUUAAUCAGCCCUUGGACUUUGGUGUUCUUCCAUCUGGUUUAAAAGUGCUCUAUCUAGGUAGCGAUUUUAAUCAAAUGAUCAAGCCCAAUACACUCCCAGAUACGCUAGAGUCCCUUAAAAUCGGCAAAUCAUACAGUUCACCAUUGGUAUUUAACUCUAUUCCCUCGUCUGUUAAAACGCUCAAACUAGAUUGUAACAUAUCAACCAUCCUCUCAAAAGAGUUCUCUAGUAUUUCAAUUCCACCAUCGGUUACCCACUUGAAACUUGGCCCUAAUAGCAGUCCAGUAACCCAAGACACCGUCAUACCAAAAUCAAUCGAUACACUCAAACUUGGCAGUAUCUCUAAAGCACCCCUUGUCUCUCUUCCUUCAAAUGUAAAAAACCUCAAACUCUAUUAUGAAUUUAAUCAAUUUCUUUUUGAAGAUUCAAUUCCUUCAACUGUAUUAAAUAUUUAUGCCAAUGGUAUUAAUCACAUUCAAAAAUUACAUGAUUAUGGUUAUAAAGUUAACCAUAAACAUGGUAAUUAUUUAAAUUAUAUUUUAGAAAUUUAA